AAAUUUCUAAAAAAAUUGCAAAAUGUUAGGCUGCAUCUAUAAGGUUUCAGUCCUAGUCUUAUAUCUUGUGAUCCAGUGUCUGGGUGAGGAUUACUGUGAGAAGAACCUUUGUUUUUUCGGGACCACCCAUAUUGCGUGUCCUUUAAACGAAUCCUUUGGCGACGCCUGUUCCAAAAAUGCCAGCGUAGUUCAAAUCAAUCAGGAUGACAUUAAUACAGUGAUCAAAGCUCAUAAUUUGGUAAGACAAAAAUGGGCCAGUGGCAAGGCAAAGUUUCCGAAUAAGGCCUGCAGAAUGGCCUCAGUAGAAUGGGACGAAGACUUGGCUAAGUUGGCUGUACUCAAUGCCAAAGGCUGCAUUAUGAAGCACGAUGAAUGCCACAAUACUGCAAAGUUUCGACUAUCCGGGCAGAAUCUGUUUAACGCUGGAUUUUGGCAGUCUAACGGUAAAGAUAUGUCGAUGACAACAAAGGAUCUUUUCGAAAUAGCUGUUCAGAUGUGGGCAGGCGAAGAAAGGGACGUCACAGCCGAUAAUCUAAAGGCAUAUCCCGAAAACAGUCCGGCUGUGGUUGGUCACUUAACCGUUUUGAUUAACGAGAAAAGUUACGCUGUGGGUUGUGCCAUAGUUAACUACGAGGCGGAGGAAUAUAACAGAUACAAUAUGGCCUGUAAUUACGCUUAUACGAAUGUCAUCGGUCAUAGUGUCUAUAGCGUAUGCCCAGAAGCAGGCAGUGAGUGUCCCAAGGGAUUGAGCUCGCUGUAUCCACCACUGUGUGCCUAAAUUAAAUGUUGUUUUUUGAAGAAAUUGUACGUUUAUCAAUUAAAUGAACCCCACAAAAUAUAUGGCCUAAAUUAGUCAACAUUCUAAAUAA